CCUUUGACGUGGGUACUUGAAAUGGACAUUGGCAGUAUAGUAUGCCUGCUCAAACAAAAGGGGGGAUAUAGGUAGUGCUGCAAGUGGAUUGCUGCCCACGAAAAUAUUUUGAUCGAUUUCUAGUGACAUAUUGGUCGUUCCGAAUCACAUAAUUCACCCCGACAUCCUACCUGUUUUUUGAUGUCUUGGUCCAAUCCCUUCCUGCUGCACGUGAAUGUUCUUCAGUGGGUAUUUGCAUGGGCGGGCGAUACGAAUGAAGCAGAUAAACUGUAUUAAUAUGCUCUCAUCCUGAAUUACCCCACACAACGAUACCAAAACACUUGCAUAGCUAGUCAUAUUAGCACCUUCUAAAUCAACACUCGCUCGUAUACGCUUUCCGUCCAUCUUCACACUUCCACCUGCAUCCCCGAGGGCUCAAUGCGCAAGCCUCAUAUACUCCACCGAUCAGCCUGUUGCGAGGAUCCUCAAAUGGCCUGUUCGCCCACUUCUCGCCCGAAGUAGACGGGGCUCCUAGCGUGAACUUUAUUUCAAUCCCGGGCCUUCGCCUGGACCACGCACACCUCCGACAGACACGGAUCGGAGGUCAAGCAGCUCCACUCGACACAUGCAGAUAUGGCGACCGUCGACCGGCAGAGCCAUACACUGCAUGGUCGGCAAGCCGCCUUGCAAGGAACGCUCGGCCUGGCGUUUUUUUCCUUCGUCGACCAUCUUUUGGCGAGGGAAACGCACAUUUCAAUGACGGAACUAUAGCCAGGGUGAACUCCUUCUUCGACAGCACCCGUCCGUUCUAUCAGAGCCGGCAGUGCGGUGACAGUAUCGGAUCGAUGGAUACGCGUACAUUGGAUUCCUAUCUGCACAAGCAUGUUGCUGAUACGUCGAACCCCGCAAUAUUGGCCGGGAUCAUUGAAGAUGGCAUCGUGAUUUCGACAAGGAGAGAUGGAACCGGCAUAUCGAGAUUCUAGGUGGUGCUCAUAUCAACCCCUGUUCUGCCGCCUGUCUGUCUGUCACCCUAACAUCCUUCCGAUCCUAGCCUGUAGUUGCAGUCGAAGGAAUCAAUUGCAUGACUGCAAAUCAGAAUCCGAGCCCGAAUGUUAGGGCUGUCCCAUUGUUAACCGAACUAGGGGAACGUGCGAAGCUUUCCAAGGGAAGACUCUUGUCGACGUCUAGUCCCAUUGCAGGGAAGAAAAAGAGUCCAAUGCCCCUUCCACUGAUAGCUUCGCCUUGGUCCUUUGCUGUUCACUGAUGCUUUCCGAAGCGUUUCCUCGAGGGAUCCAUGCCGUGGGAAGAUGCCCGACAAACUGGACGCGAGCUUGAUACCUGCGCCCUUGACGGGGCCUGUCGUUGAUCUCGCCCAUACUUUCGUAGCCGUAACCACCUUCUUGAUCGCCCUUGCUACCGUGCUGUGCGCCGCGAGAGUAUGGACGAGAUGCCGUCCGGCCUUUCGAAUGUCGUCGGACGACUAUGUCUGCCUAAUUGCAUAUAUCCUCAUAGUCGUCAACUGUGCACUGCUAUUCCGCUCAGUAAAAUGGAUUUUCGACGGCACCAACCCAGCCACCCUAACUCUCCUCGACACCUCCCAAUCCCUCAAAAACGUCAUCAUCGCUCAAAUCUUCUGGACCUGGGCCAUGUCCCUCACUAAACUCUCCAUCAUCCUCAUGCUCCUGCGCCUCGAGCAGAGCACCCGCAUGCGCCGCUUCCUCUGGGCCAUGAUCCUUCUCCACGUCAUCAUCGCCAUCUACGGCAUGUUCACCCAAGCCCUGCAAUGCAUCCCUUUACGCUUAGCAUGGGACUUCCUCAGCGACCCCGCAUACGCAAAGCAGCACUGCUGGAACAAGUCGACGGGGAUCCACACCGCCAUGGCCGUGCAGGCCGUCAAUUCCGCAACCGACUGCAUCCUCGCGCUGCUCCCCAUCUCGUUCCUGCGCAAAGUCAAGCGCCCGCUCCGCGAGCGCGUCGUCGUCAACUGCCUCAUGGGCCUCGGCAUCUUCGCCGGCGUCGUCUCCCUCGUCAAACUCGUCUACAUUGCUCGCGAUAGCUCUGGCCAGGAACCAGGGCUUGUUGGCAUCAGGCUCGGGUUCCUGAGCACGCUGGAAGAACUGCUCGCUUUUGUCGCUGCGUGCGUGCCGUGCUUGAAGGUCCCGUUCCAGCGCGUGCUGCUUUACUUUGGCUGUGGCUCUUUCCAGUCUCGUCCAGGGACGUCGAUGGGGACCGGGCGCGGGCCUUCUUGUAGCGAUGCUGAGACGUCGCGGUCGUGUACCGUGCGGAGCGCCGAUGACGAUCGGGAUCCCUGGCUCGACACUCGCAUGCAUGAUUUAAGAGGGAGUCCGAACGGGGCGUCUGAGGAGCGGAUCCUGGGAUUCGGGGAACGCAGUUCUACCGGUGUUGACGAGAGGCGCCAGUGGGGUGUCGAGGAGGAUAUGAUUGUGCGGAGUCAUACGCCGGCGUUGCCGCCGCCGUCGUCGGUGAAGAAGAGCAAGCCGUGA